AUGUCUCACCCGUAUUUUUCCUACGCCUCUCUCGGGCUCUCUCUGCUCCCCGCCGUGUUCGGCAUCAACAUCCUCCUCCAACCAGGCCGGGUGCUCGAGUCCGUCCGUUUCCCAGUGCCCAAAGACCCCGAGGGCAAGAAGGUAUCCCACUCGGUGAUGCGCUUCUUCGGCGUCCGGAACAUCGCCGUCAGCUACCUCCUCGUCCUCAUCUGGUCCAGGGGAGACGACAAGCUCACUGCCAAGUCCCUCGUCGCCUGCCUCUGGAUGGCCAGCGCAGACGGCUUCAUCAACCUCGCGCAGACCGGGGACGGCCAAUGGAACCACUGGGGCCUCGUCCCCGUCCUGGGUGGUGUGGCAGCAGGUCUGAUGGGCUGGUUCAGCUAG